ACGCAAAUGCUAACUUUUAGCCUGUUGUCGCUUUGAAGCUCGUUAUUAGUGCAGCAUUUUGAUUGUUUAUCACUACAGCAGUAUAGUAAUAAAAACCAGCGUCAUUACAUUAAGAAAAAAAAAUCGACUGGUUGUCUAUUAAGUAUAAUAUAAUAUUUCAUUCAAAAAUGAAUCAAAUAACAUUGUUGUUCAUAGUAUUUUUGAUUUGGGAUAUUAAAGAUGUAUUAACAGUUUGUGAAGACCCGACAUUAUGUAGCAGAGUUCUUUGUCAGAUACCUCCCAAAGUAUGUCCAAAUGGUCAGUACCUAGUAUACGAUGAUUGUGGAUGUUGUCAAUAUUGUAGUGAGAAACCUAAAACAGGACCAUGUGGUACGUGUGGUGUAGAUGUAAUAUGUAAAGAAAGUCAACCCAUUUGUACUAAUGGAAUUAUUGCUCUGGAUUAUUGUGGAUGCUGUAAAGUUUGCAAAAGUAUUUUAGGUGUUAAUGAGAAGUGUACGAUAGAAGAACCGACUUUUUCAGUUUGUGCUGCAGAGCUAAAAUGCUUUGAAGGUCGCUGUGUAUCUCCAAAAUGUAUGAAAGGCACAUAAUUUUCCACAUUUUGUAAAAAAAAUCAAAAUAUAUAUUAAGACUAGUUUAAUAUCUUGUUUUACUAUAUUAAGUAACUGUCACGGAGAUAGUAAUUAUUAAUUUGCAAUAAUUAGUAAUUAUUAAUUUGCAGUAGUAAUUAGUAAUUUGCAUUAUUAAUUUGCAUUUGCAAAAAUCAAUGGCUUUAAUAGACACGUCUGUGCUAAAAAAUAUGCAUUUGCAGUAGUUCCAGUAAAGCUUCAUUCAGAACUUUGAAAUUAGUAGAAUAAAUUAGUGGUUUCAAUUUUAGCAUAGAAGUUUGUUUUUCUAAUUUCAGUGUAAGCACUCAGGGCGUCAAGUUUAGUGGUAUAGUCUGUCCAACGAGAAGAUCCUUGACAGUGAUAGAUGUG